CUUCGCACUUGUAAGGACUGGUAAGGACGACGCACGACGGUGAGCUGUCAGCUGUCAAAAUCGGAGCUGCAUCAUCAGUCUCAAGUUAAUUUUAUAAGCCAUCGACUUUCUUUGCGUGCCCGCGCUCGAGAAAAUGAGUUAAUCUGUUGACACAUCAUGUCGCCGGAGCCUACGCAAGAGCCCAUUCAAGAGAAUCUGACAGUUUCCAAUGUAGUCUUAGAUACAAGAGCAGCGAAUGAUGAGGAAGAUAGUGACGAUGAAGAUAUGGGUAUGGCAGGAUAUAUGCCAUUAUCCCAAGUAUCUACCGAUGUUGAUCCCAUAGGCGAAGAAGAGAAUGACGAAUGGCUACCUGAAUUUGGCGAAUCUAGUCAAGCGUCAUCUGCUUCGAUAACUGACACUCAGCAAAGUUGCUCUUCCGAGGUAUUGGAAGUCUGGUCCUGUCCGCACAAUCGUUCUGACAUUGAUCUAGAUGCGACUAAGAUCAAAGAAGUAAAAUCCGUCAUGGCGUCCAUUACCAUUCCCGAAACUUCUAUUCCGCAAUGGGCAAAUGCGAUCUCGGAAGAGCAGUGGAAGGAACAGCUUCUCGUACGCAUUAAGCAGAUGCAGAGCAAAGAUUCGUAAAACUGACAAGUUGCAACGUAGUCACUGUGGUUGCAAUGAAGAAUUAAGAUCUUUACUGUCCGCUUUGUACAUGAGGAGCAGUACAUUUGGAAUUAUUCAAAGUAUAAUUUUUAUUACAACGUAAAAAAAUGCAGAAACAUAAACGAGAUGCCUAUGAGAGCUGGCAUCGAAUUAUAUAUGUUUUAGCAUUUUAAGUGUAAAAAAAUAAAAUAUUUGAUUUUUA